CGCAGAGCGGACGCAUCCCUAGCGCCCCCGCGGGAGAGCCUGACACAGCGGCGGGGAAGGUGACCGGGCCACGGGGCGGGGCCGGAGGCGGGGCCCCAUGGCGCAGUACGACCAUGGCCGGCGUGGUGGCGGGGCUGCGGACCGUGGGGAGCUGUGCCGCGAGUGCAGAGCUGAGGUGGAACCAGAUCAGGUUGUUUUCCUCUUGGCUGAGCAAAUGGUUUCCAAGAAAGAAGCCUGUGAUUGCUCAGAAAAAGCCCAUCAAGGUAUUCCUGAAGGCAGGGAAAACGUAUAAAUGGUGUGUGUGUGGCCGAAGUAAGAACCAGCCCUACUGUGAUGGCUCCCACUUCUUUCAGCGAACGGGCCUGUUCCCCCUCAGGUUCAAAGUUGAAGAAGACCGUUCAGCUUUUCUUUGCAGCUGCAAGGCAACCUUGAAGCCCCCAUAUUGUGAUGGCACUCACAAGAAUGAACGAAUACAGAAUGCCCAAGAGGGUUCUCCACUCUGACCAGCAUACCACACCAAAGGCAUUGGGUUUGGGUUGGCAGCAUCUCCUUUGAUAUGGGGACCUCCCUUCUGGGCACCUUAGAGGACUUGGCUACCAUCCCACCAGGAGAUCCUCCCAAGACCCUUGUAUUCCUCCACACCUGGG